AUGCCCUUUGCUGUCUCCAAACUCCAUGCACGCUAUGGCAAUGUUGUCCGUAUUGCCCCGGAUGAAUUGUCAUUGAUUGAUCCUUCGGCAUGGAAGGACAUUAUGGCAGCCCACAAGGAAAGGCCACUCAUGCAGAAAGAUCCCGCCGCAUUCACCAGAGCCGCCGUUGUGGAGAAUAUCCUUACCGUCAAGAGCGACGUCGAGCAUAGUCGAAUGCGACGAGUACUUACGCACGCCUUUUCUGAAAAGGCUAUGAGAGAACAAGAGCCUCUCAUCCAAGAAUACGUCGAUUUAUUAAUGAAUUCAUUGCACGAAACCGCAGAGGAAGGCCCACAGAACAUGGUCUCCUGGUACAAUUUCGUUGCUUUUGACAUCAUUGGUGAUCUCACCUUUGGCCAGUCUUUGAAAUGCAUCAGAAAGGGAAACAGCCAAUGGAUAACCUUUAUGAACGUCAUCUUCAAGACUGGCAGAAGAGUGUCAGUUUUCAAAUACUUUCCGCAUUUGACUCCCAUUAUGGUGCCCCUUAUGCGACGAUCGAAGAUUUAUAAGUCGAGCAUGAGGAGCUUUGAAAACACUAGAGCUAUGGUGUCAAAGAGAAUGGCCACUAAAACAGACCGUAAAGAUUUCAUGUCCUAUGCUCUUCGCGCGAUGGAGAGGGGCGAUCCUAGUAUGAUGAUGUCGAAGGAGGAGAUGAUGGUUACCUUCGAGGUGCUUAUGGUUGCUGGAAGUGAGACUACGGCAACACUAUUAAGCGGCGUGACCUUUCAACUCCUCAAAAAUCCCGACGUCUUACACAAGUUGGUGGCCGAAAUCCGAAGCACAUUCGCCCACAGUCAUGAAAUCACCAUGGUCAGCGUAAACAAUCUGAAGUACCAACUCGCAGUCCUAGACGAGGCGCUCAGGAUCAUGCCACCCGUCGCGACUGCCUUGGUACGGCUCGUGCCAUCUGGUGCGGGAGAGGUCGUGGGUGGCCACUUCGUGCCCGGGGGCACGAGAGUUGGUAUUCCACCAUGGGCCGCUUCUCGAUCUCCGCUCAAUUUUCGAGAUUCAGAGUCUUUCGUUCCGGAGCGCUGGCUGGGAGAUGUUCGAUACGCAGGAGACCGACGGGAAGCUUCGCAGCCGUUCAAUAUCGGGCCUCGCGGGUGCAUCGGACGAAACCUUGCGUACGCCGAGAUGCGCAUCAUACUCGCCCGAGUGCUUUUUGAGUUUGAUCUGGAGCUCAUGGAGUCGAGUAAUUCGUGGUUGGAGGAUCUCAAGAAUUUCACCUUGUGGCAGAAGGAUCCGUUGAUGGUGCGAUUGAGGCCUGUGGUCAGGGUUUAG